AUGUUCACCCGGUUAGCCCUUCUCCUUAAGAAUGACCGUACGCCUAAGUGCAGUCGAACCAUCGGUAAUUCUAUCAGUCGUGUAGCACGAACAGCUUUUUGCCAAAGGCCCUUGACUUCUCAACUCGGCUGCAGCACCGUCCAACAGCAGCAACGGUCGUACGUAGUGGACCCCAAGCACGGCGGUGAUUGCAUACUCACGCGCAAUAAAUACCUGUCCAUUCUGAAGGAAGAAUUCCCGCUGGAACUUGGCGACUCAUUGCCAGAGGUGGCCAUUGAGUGGGAACAGUGGGGCGACUGUGCGUUGUCUGGCGAUCGCACCAUCCUGGUGCUGCCGUCCUUCUCACACUCGAGCCACGCCGCCUCGAAUCGCGAUGAUCCGCGGCCUGGCUGGUGGGAAAACAUGAUCGGUCCUGGCAAGGCCAUCAACACGUCCUGUUUUCGCGUCAUUUGCCCGUCCGUGCUCGGCAGUCCGUUUGGUGCCACUUCGCCACUCAAGGUCAACCCACUUACAGGCGACAGAUACAAAGCCUCAUUCCCGCAACUGACACCAGCGGACAUGGCACGCUGUCACGCGAGAAUCCUGGAUGACUUGGGCAUCGACAGCGUGCACACUGUAAUUGGUGCUAGUAUGGGAGGUAUUCAGGCUUUAGAGUUUGCAGCUCAGUUUCCUGACCGCUUGAAUCGUCUAGUAGGUCUUGCGUGCACGCACCAAACCACCCCCGGAACAGUUGCCUUCCGUCGAGUACAACGACGUGCUAUCCUUGCUGAUCCCAAGUACAAUGAUGGCAAUUAUUCGCCUGAUGUGCCUCUUGAAGGCAUGAAGGUGGCACGUGAACUGGGCAUGACAUGCUACCGCUCACGUGAAGAGUUUGAUGCCCGUUUUGACUGGAAUCCAACGGGCCCUAUGCACUUUAAGACGGCAACGUUUGAAGUCGAGAGUUACAUGGACUAUCAAUCGAGUAAAUUUGCUCGUCUGUUUGAUCCGAAUUGCUACCUGUUGCUGUCAAAGGCGAUGGAUCUCGCGAAUUUAGGUCGCAACUCGUUGAAUCUGGCCGAAGGAACGAGCCGAAUCGCCGCCAAUACCCUCAUCAUUGGCAUCAAACAGGACCUACUGAUCCCGAUCCAAGAGCAGCGCAAUUUGGUCAGCAUUCUACAGUCGUACGGCCACAGUGCUCGACUAGUCGAAGUGGACUCAAAGUUCGGUCACGAUGCCAUGUUUAAUAACCAAAUGCAACUCGAUGUCUUCUCGCCACUGGUGCGCGAGCACAUUGAAGAGCAUCUCACCAAUAUCCUCCCACAUGAGCAACACCGCUACAGCAGUCUAUGA